AUUUGUGUUGCAGUUAGUGCAUCAGGACCUGGCACCCCUUGUUUAAAAGCGAAUCAUGAUCUCCAUAGUAAUUGUAAGUUUAGUGGCGACCACUUGCAUUGAAUUCACAUCUGCACAGGCACCGAGGCCGGGUGAUCCGAUUCCUAUAAUUAAAUAUGAAUCAGAUGGGCCUAAUCCGGAUGGAUCUUACAAAUGGUUAUAUCAGACAGGAAAUGAGAUCAACGCAGAAGAGUCGGGGUACGUAAAGAACUUCGGCAAGGGUGAAGGUCAAGAAGUUCAAGUUGCUGAAGGCAAGUUCAGCUACAAGGCACCGGAUGGUUCGCCUAUUGCGCUCCAAUAUAUUGCUGAUGAAAACGGAUUCCAGCCACAAGGAGCUCAUCUGCCAACUCCGCCGCCGAUUCCUCCAGCAAUCCAAAGAGCGUUGGACUAUUUGAAGACUCUCCCUCCCACCGCUGCCACUGCGCCCAGUGGAUCGCGCCAACGGCCAUUCUUCUAACCAGUCAAUUGUACAUUCAUAGAAAAAAUCGACUCUAAAUGUACCACAAAGAUGAUAUUUAAGAUGAUCUUUUGUAAUAUUAACUUGGCCUUGACAAUAAUCGAGAUAAGUAGAUACGUGCACGCAUAACCAAAUAUGAAUUUGAGUCAGUUUAAAAAAAGAUUAGAUACCUACUCGAUAUAAUUGAGAGGAGAUUAUUUGUAACAAUAAAGUUCAUCGCAUACACAUUAUACUAUCUCUAUUAUCAUGUCAUACUUUUAUAUUAAAUUAGUCAUAAUUGCAUAGAAUUUUGACUUAACCACUGUCAUAUUAUUUUUCAUUAAUACUCUCGCAUAAUUCUGGAUUCUGUAAUAUUUUACGCUACAUCAUUUAAUACUACGAAAUUUAUAUUUACUUUUAUUUACUACCUACAUGUACCAUUGUUUUUAUUGCACAACAUCUCGCUAAAAUAAAUUCAUAAAAAUAACUUUUAAGUUUAGUUAUAUACCUACAUUUGUUCUGUAUAAUAAAGUUUGUGAAUUGAAUAA